UAACAUUUUUCUAAAGGGAAAACACACAUAUACAUUUGAAUCUUAACAAAAUAACAAAAAAUAAUGUGAUGCUGGAUCAGUGACGCACCACAAAGCUGAAUUAUAAAUUCAUCCUCAGUUACUCAAAUCUCACCUUCAUAGCUCAUACCACUCUUGUGUAAUACUAUUUCUUUUCCUCCCUCAAACGUUGUUUCAUUGGUGUGACAGCAAUGGUGGUGAAGAAGCCACGAAUUGUGAUAAUUGGAGCAGGAAUGGCAGGCCUUACUGCUGCCAACAAGCUUCACAGUGUGGCUGCCUCAAAAGACUUGUUUGAGGUGUGUGUUGUGGAAGGUGGAAACAGGAUUGGUGGAAGAAUCAAGACGUCAGAGUUUGGUGGUGACAUGAUUGAGAUGGGUGCUACAUGGAUCCAUGGAAUUGAAGGUAGCCCAAUUCACAAAAUAGCCCAACAAAUCCAUGCACUUGAGUCUCACAAGCCUUGGGAGUGGAUGGAUGGGAAUGGAAAUGAAGCCACCACAAUUGCUGAAGAUGGCUUUGUGCUAGACCCUUCCUUUCUUCACCCCAUCAAGAAGCUUUUCAACAAUCUCAUUGAUCAUUUUCAAGGGAACAUGUCAACAACAAUAACCACCAAAGGUGAUUGUGGAAACCUUAGUAUUGGCUCUUUUCUUAAACAAGGCCUUGGUGCUUAUUGUGGCUCAUCAAAAGAGGAAGAGGAGCUCAAAGGGUUUGGAAAAUGGAACAAGAAGUUACUCGAUGAAGCAAUCUUUGCAAUGCAUGAGAACACACUGAGGACUCAUACAUCUGCUGCUGACUUGUUCGCUUUGGAUUAUGGUGCAGAAAGUGAAUACCAAGUGUUUCCGGGUGAAGAAAUCACAAUUGCUAAAGGCUACGUGAGCAUAAUGGAACAUUUAGCAUCAUUGCUACCACCUGGUUUAGUUCAGUUGGGUAGAAGAGUCACAAGAAUUGAAUGGCAGCCAGAGGGACACGAGCCUAUGAAUAUGGAAAAUGGAACCUGUUCCAGGCCUGUGAUGCUACAUUUCUGUGAUAGCUCUACUAUGUCUGCGGAUCAUGUCAUUGUCACAGUUUCACUGGGAGUGUUGAAAGCUGCAAUUCGUGGUGAUGAUUCGGGUAUGUUAAUGUUCCAUCCCCCUUUACCUACUUUCAAGGUUGAGGCUAUUUCAAGGCUUGGUUUUGGUGUUGUUAACAAGUUGUUUAUGCAAUUGAGCCCUCAACAUGAAAAAAGAGAUGAAAUUUCCAAAGGGUUCCCCUUUUUGCAUAUGGUUUUUCAUUCACCUCACUCCGAGUUAGGGCACAAGAAAAUACCCUGGUGGAUGAAAAAGACAGCAUCCCUUUGUCCAAUCUACAACCAUUCUAGUGUCCUCCUAGGUUGGUUUGCUGGGGAAGAAGCACUGGCACUAGAGUCACUCAAAGAUGAAGAGAUCAUUGAAGGGGUUUCAGACACAAUUUCAUGCUUCCUAUCUCAUUCACUUGUGUUUUGCAAUGGAAAUGUGGACUCUCAUAAAUAUGAGGUGAAAUUCAGCAAAGUGUUGAAGAGCCAAUGGGGAACAGAUCCAUUGUUUUUAGGGUCAUACAGUCAUGUGACAGUUGGAUCAAGUGGUGAUGAUUUUGAUACAAUGGCUGAGCCAUUGCCAAAAAGUGGCAGGCGUAGCCACUCUUGUGCUUCACCACAACUUCAAAUUUUGUUUGCAGGGGAAGCAACCCACAGGACCUAUUAUUCCACAACUCAUGGAGCUUACUUUAGUGGUCUUAGGGAAGCCAAUAGGCUUCUUCAACAUUAUUCAUUGUGUUAAGAUAUAUAAUAUAAUAACAACUUGUAUUUUACCCUUUCAUAUAUGUUAUCAUUAAUUUCUAUGAUAUUAUUCUUAUUUUUCUCCUUUGGGAAAUUAGUUAGUGAUUGCCAAAAAAUAUAAUUAGAUGAAAAGUGAGAUGAGGACAUUGAGGUGUAGAGUGAAGCCAAAAUAUCCCCAUAUUACUCUUUUCAUCUAUAGGUUGUAGUUUCUUUUUGUUUGAUAUCAUGUAAAAUCAUUGAAACAAACUACUAGGUGUCCUUUUACUUGAAUUCAGAAUCUGAUGCUUUAGAAACUACAUCCAUGAUAUGAU